AUGAGAAUCACGCAGCUGUUCGUGCUUGCCUCGGUUUCCGCACUUGCAUACUCACACGCCACCAUCCAAGCCGCAUGGAUCAACGGCGUCGACCAGGGCCAAGGCGAUUCCCGCAAUGGAUACAUCCGAUUUCCGCCCAAUAACUCACCUGUCUUAGAAGUCACGUCUUCAGACAUGACUUGCAACAAGAACAGUGGUCCUGUGGCGAAGACGUUGCAAGUGAAGGCCGGUGACAAGUUCGAGUUCGAGUGGCGACAUCAGAGUCGAACCGCGGGCGACCAGAUCAUCGACCCUUCUCACAAAGGACCUAUUUUGGUUUAUAUUGCAAACACUGAUCAAGGCGCCGCCGGUCGAGGAUGGGUGAAGCUUUACGAAGACGGCUAUAACGGGCAGUGGGCUGUCGAAAGGCUGAGGGCAAAUGGAGGCAGACACGGCAUCACCAUCCCCGAUAUCGCACCCGGCAAAUACCUCCUACGCGCUGAAAUCAUCGCUCUCCACGAAGCCUUCUCUGCGAAGGGAGCGCAAUUCUAUAUGGAAUGUGUCCAGAUCGAGGUCACGUCGUCUGGGAGCAAGACCUUACCUGCUGGGGUCUCACUGCCUGGAGCCUACAGCGCGAACGAUCCAGGUAUACUUUUCAACCUCUAUAACGGCUUCCAAAGUUACACCAUUCCAGGUCCACCUGUCUGGGACGGCGCAUCGGGCCCUCCACAAUCUUCCGUUGCGGCGUCGUCGGCCUCAACGAAGAUCUCGUCUGCAAGCCAGGUCCCCACCUCCUCCACAUCACAGCCAACGACGUUACAGACACGUCUCAGUACCAGCAGUACGGCCCACACUCUGACCUCGCAUGCUACCACAACCCCUGCCCAGUCUACCACGGCCCCUGCCCAGCCCACCACUCCCCCCGCAACGGGCGUCAAGGCUGGCUACAUCUACGAACAAUGCGCUGGUAACAAUUGGACCGGGCCGAAGGGCUGCUACGAAGGUCUAGUGUGCACAGAAUUCAACCCGUGGUAUUCACAAUGUCUUCCAGGUCAAGGUCCGCGACCUGCUUCGAUCUGGGAGCAGUGCGGAGGCCAGGAUUGGCCGGGCGCAAAGACGUGUCACCCUGGCCUCGUCUGCAACGUUCUGAACCCGUGGUACUCCCAGUGUAUCCGCCCUUGA